GGCACAUCCAUACAGCACGGGUGGUUCAGUGUUUGCGCGUAACGUGACCUGGUGUGUGCGAUGAGCCUCAGGAGAUGAGAUCCAGUGCGGUGACCGGGUUCCUGCUGCUGACCCUCGCGGCGGUCUCGCAGUCCUGCGGCCCCGGUAGAGGCGUCGGCCGCGGCCGUGGACCCAGAAAAUUGACGCCGCUGGUCUUCAAGCAGCACGUGCCCAAUCUGCCGGAGAACUCGAUCACGGCGAGCGGCGCCAACGAGGGACCCAUCGACAGGAACAACACCAGGUUCCAGGACCUGGUGCCCAACUACAACGAGGACAUCAUCAUCAAAGACGAGGAGGGCACCGGCGCCGACAGGUUCAUGACUCAGCGAUGCAAUGAGAAACUCAACACCUUGGCAAUCUCCGUGAUGAACCAGUGGCCUGGUGUGAGAUUGGUGGUCACGGAGGGCUGGGACGAAGAAGGUCACCACUCGCCGAACUCGUUGCACUAUGAGGGACGCGCCGUGGACGUCACGACGUCGGAUCGUGACCGUUCCAAAUACGGAAUGCUGGCCAGAUUAGCCGUCGAAGCUGGCUUCGACUGGGUCUACUAUGAGAGUCGAUCUCACAUACAUUGCUCCGUCAAGUCCGAAUCAUCGUCAGGAAAAUACGGCGGGUGCUUCCCCGGAGACACAACAGUGCAAACAUCCACUGGCGUCCGUCGCAAUCUCUCGGACCUGCAGAUCGGUGAGAAGAUCCUGGCCAAGGACCCGUCCACAGGCGACUUAGUGUACAGUGAAGUGCUGAUGUUCCUGGACUACGAUCCUCAGGACGAACGUGAAUUCCAGCACGUGACCCUACGAUCGGGUCGGACUUUGACAUUGACCGGGACCCAUCUGGUGCCCGUUGUGACCGCGAACAACAGUCGGACAGUUUACGCUGCUGCUCUGAAAGUCGGCGACAGUUUGUUAGUGAGUGAUGGUGCGAAUGGACUCGUCACUGACGAGAUAGUGGAGCUGGAGGCUAUCAGACGGACGGGAGUGUACGCUCCUCUCACCGUUGCCGGCAAUUUGGUGGUAAACGACGUCGUGGCGUCGUGCUACGCAUCCAUCGACAGUCAAAGCAUUGCCCACUGGGCGUUCUUGCCGCUCAGGUUCGUCAACAAUAUCCAGGACGGCAUUUCAGCCGUCUGGAGAGCUAUCUCCAACCCUCUUCGAUCGCACGACACCGCUGUCUCGUACAGCAAACCCUCUGUGGGAGUGCAUUGGUAUGCCAGGAUGCUGUACGGCGCAGCCAGCAUCAUGGUGCCAUCCCACCUGCAUUAAUAAUUGAGUGAUAUAUGUAUAUAACAAUUUUUAUUAUAUAAUAUUAAUUCUCUCUACUGUACUAUUCAUGAGAUGAGGUCUUUACCAUGAGUUUGGGUCGAUGCCGAAAUUAAUACAUUCCCGCCCGCACUUCAGUCAUGCAAAGCAAAGUGAAACGCUAUUACCACUUAAAUUAUUGUUGAGGUUGUUUUGUUGUUGCUCUGCUCGUCUCCCCUAUUAACCGUUAUUGUUGGCCAGUGAUGUUAGACAGUGUAGAAAUAAUCUAACACUAAUUAGUACUCAAUGUUUUGGUUGAUGAGGUUGUAUGUGUGUAAGAAGAAAAACGAACUGUUUUGUAUAUGCCUAAAAGUGUUCCUUAUGUAUUUAACUCUAUUUAUUAUUUAUGACGAAAUUUUAAAUUAUGUGAAAAAUUUGUUAUUGAUCAGUGCCAAUUGUAUGUUAUUGAAAAGUCGUAUCUAUUAGUUAUCUAAGUAUGAAAAAUCUGUAUGUACUGUAAUUAAAUAUUUUUUGUAAAUAACUCUUUUGUGUACAGCAAUUUCUUGUUUAAAAUUUGUAAAUUAUUGUUUAUGUAAUAUAUUAAUAACUUUUAUUUAUCGUGAUAAAUUUUAUA